GGAGCACGCGGCCCGUGCGUGUUAUAUCUCCGUCUCUUUCAUCACGAAUAAUGUCAUCUUUUUCCUGUAACCGAGUGUGGCGCCUCGGCUAAUAGCGCCACUGAUAGAAGUUUAAAAUACCAUCUCCGUUUCACUAACCCUCAGUUGUGUUGAAGCUGCCCCCCAGUACGGUACUCAUACUGAGCCCUGUGACACGUUCGCCGCAACAGCUGUGAAAUUUUAUUGCAUUGUAGAUUUUGUGGAAGACUUCGCUUUUGAUUGUAAGCUGACCGCCUGCCCGAGCAGCAGUUGACCUCGUUUUGAUUGUGUAUUAUUGACUAAAGAGAGUAUUCAAGAUGCUCGCUAGCCCAGCAAUGGAACUCCAAACUGAAGAAACUCCAUUGGCCCUGCAACGGCUCUGGAAUCUAACCCGUGCCCGUUUGGCAGGAACUUCUACCGCUUUAGGAGACGAGCCUGAAUUUGUGGAAUCUCUGCCCAUCGCUCAGGAACCUGAAGGAACACCUAAAAACUACAUCCCGGUUCAUAGUGAUUAUGAAAGCGAUGCGGAGGAAGCAUUUCCUGAGUUGGAAAUACCUGAAGUACCCGAUGUGCCAACUAAGGGUUAUUGGACGGAAAGCGCCUAUGAGAAGGAAGUAGUGUUGGACGCCAGCGCCCUCGGCGAUGUUCCAGCCGUUUACCGCGUUCCACAACCUGCUCCCCACCAAAUGCCCGUCAUCGGGGUGUACAUCGACCCUCGCGUCAGAACCGGUUUCAGAUAUAAAGUUAGACCGAUGCAGAGUUUGGAUGCCCAGCCCCUGUCUGUGAAGCCAAGAUACUUAUUCGGAGGAAAGGCUCUAACUCUUCAGUCCAUUGGACGUGGAUUUGCCCGGCGUCUCACUUUUGAGCCAGUCGACUCAAGUCUGAAUGAGAAUACCAAUUAUUUCUGGACUGAUUCAAGACCGGAAGGAUUUGUGUUUGAGAUAGAGGCAGUGUCUGUUGGAGACAAAUUCACUAUUUAUGAUGCUAAUCAUGAACCUCAGGGGACUCUGGAGGUGGUUCAACAGCAGAAAAAUCAAGUAGAGCUUGAUCAAAAGAUCUCUGAAGAUGGAUCAAUUGAGAAGAAGGUGAAAAUCAACACGUUAUGCAAAGUCGAAUGGUAUGAAAAUGAUGGUGCUACUAAACUGGUACCAGUAACUGGUGUAGCUAUUCUCAAAAAGGGAAGAGGCCAAGCAGUCGUCACUAGAGUAAUCAAUGCCGCUAUCGGCAUCAAGCAACUGAAGAAGGGUUAUGAACUCCGACCAGGCAUUGUAUCAUCGGCCCGAAGAAUCACUGUGAGUGGUGCAGAAAUCAAAGACAUUCCAUGCCAGUAUAGUUUAGUCGGACUCGAGAGAUACGAGCUUCCUGUUAUAGGAACUUAUGUGGAUCCACGAAUUAUACCUGGAUUCCAUUACCGAGUACGUCCUGCUGGUAGCAGAAGGCAUUUAUUCGAGGGCCGCAGUUUACUCCUACAAUCGAUUGGCAUGGGCUACGGGAAGCGUAUCACUUUCAAGCCCGACACCUUAAAUGCUCCAGAAAACUAUUUCUGGUCCGAUUCCCACCCAGAGGGCAUUGGCAUGGAGUCCCGCGCUAUACAUCCAGGAAUGAAAUUCACUAUAACAGGAAAUGGGGGACUCUUAGGAGAAGCUAGUGUGUUCAGAGCAGAUCUGCCUCAAGUGGAGGAGAAGACUGAAUAUGUUGAUGUACCAGGAAAGCGCGGGAUGGUAGUCGAGAAAUAUAUACACGUCGAUGUAACAUGCCACGUAAAACUUGCCACUACCGGAGGCGGUUCAGUUGACUCCGAAGUACACUUAAUGAAAGUUUCUGGAGUAGCUUUAGUGCGAAAGGAGCCUGGGAAAUCGUGCGCCAAACUCGUUAAAGUAUUCAACGUCGGGUUGGAUUCUCAGUUGAACUUGCUGUUCGCACACUCACAGACCGAGCUUACAUUCCAUCCUCUGCCCUAAACAGUUAUAAAGGUCUGAAUGAUGCUGCAAUGCCUAUGACAAAGUUUGUCAAUACUGGUCUUGUUGCAUCAAAAAACCCUACCUGGCGCUACAGUGGCUCCGUCAAAUGCCAACCGAUUUGGUCACAAGUUUGCAACCGAGAAUGAUGGUCAAAGCUUUACCAUCUUGUGCAAUUAGCAUUCGGUUGUAGAUUUUGGUUACACUUCGAAGGAUAUUAACGAGUUAUUUGAUUCUAAAAUUCGGUAAAACUCAUCAUUUGUCAUCUCAGUAAGAGCUGUUCAUUUUAAAAUUAAAACACAAGAGAAGCAGUUUAGUAGUUAGCUACGUAAUACAAUUGGUAGGCUCUUAUAACCUAUGUUGUUUCUUUAUUCUUUGAUAUAAUAAGUUGAUCGAUCAGUAUUCUUACUUAUUAAUUAUAUUUGAUAUUUAAAUAGUUAAAUUUAUGGGAAUCUAGAAUAGUCUGGUCUACUGAUAACUGAUAGUCAAUAAAUUAAGCAAUCGGAGAGAAUAGUGAAAAGACUUCAAUUUGAUUUGAAAUGAGUUACAAUUGUUACUUUAAAUUUCUAAAAUGGGCACCUAAUUUUCAUGUUUCCUAUGUUGUACCUCGAAUAUUUUAUUCAGAUAUAAUUUAAAUAAAUGGAUU